AAUCAACACGGUUGUCAUACUCACCCGCUGUCCUAACUUCGAUACACCGGGAGUGGCACUAGGCUCCCGCAGGCAGCCGUUAAUACGAGUCUAUUGGAGAGGAGGAGGGACGACUGAGUGGCACUGGGUCAUCCCGCUCGGCGGCGCUACGUACUUAUUAUACGACCCUCAAGCUCAACACGGAGGUGGUAUACCGCUAUACAGCUUGUGUAACGUUAGAACGUGAGAAAUUUGGCCUCUGCUAGUUGUCCAAGCAUUGGAUACCUGCUAUCCCCAUAAGCUGUUCUGCGCAAUAUCUUCCGCUAUCAACGCUAUUGCUUGGUCACUCAAAACGAACGCUAGGGAUUCGGCGGAGGAGUUGUAAUCUACGAAUGACUUUAGCGGAUGACUACGAUUGUUUACCUUCGACAAUAUUGACCUAGGGGCAUACUUCCGGACCUUUCUUUAUGACCAAGACAAGGAUGCAUGGAUUCUUGAUGUACCAGUGAACCCUUCCCAGAUCUCGCCAACGUGGACUCUGCAGACUUAAAAGUCAGUAAAGAACGUUGGUGGUCAGCUGAUAGGCAAUGUCAAGACCCUUGUUGUCAGCAGCAGCAUUGCUCUACGUAACUUGCGGGAAGUAUCAACGCCAUUGUUUGAGACACUAUAACGUAUAUAAAGGAUGCACUUUAACGUUGCUGUAGCGUCAGAACAAGUUCUCUCUUACGCCUUCCUCUUAUAACACAACAGACCUUACUGUCAUUCACAAUGCAGUUCACCAUUGCUUUCGCCGCACUUGCCAUGCUCGUCAAGGCUGCUGCUGCCGUCCCUGCUCCUCAAGUCUUGACGAGCAUUGGAUCCGCCUACCCCUCUGUCGUCUUUUCUUCCAGCGCGGGCGAAGCUGUAUCCUCCGCCGUGUCAUUCCCUAGCGCCGUCACCAUCGACGCAGGCAAUGGUGCGUCCGUCAAGGGAUGGACGAAGAGACAGGAACCUGGCGGUAGUUGUGAGGCUCAGGCCAUAGACCUCACGCAUUGUCUCGAAAUAGCUACGCCUAGUUUAUGCAGCUUUUUCCUCGAACAGCUCAGAGCGUGCCAAGCCGCCUCUGGUGGUAACAGGUCUUUGGGAGCUUAGACGAAUGCAGUUUGUUCACUGUCAUGUGAGCGCGGGCUCGUAGUCGAGUGUAUGGUCGGUUUGGUGUAGGAGUAGGAUCGUUGGUUUGAGUCGUUGAAGUCGCCAUAGCCUUGAACACCGGAUUCUGUACUGACGAGCAUAUGGACUGCACCUUUAUCUACCCAUGAUCAUUCGCUAUGCAUACAUCGGUACCAGGAAAUCUAACUUUCUCUCGCUAUAACCCUGCGCUUACUAUCUGGCUAUUUACUGAAUGUGCUGGUAUCGUUUCCUGGUAAGUAUUAAAGCCCAUGUAUGUUC